GUUGGUUGCUCUUUGGAGUGAUAAUUUCGCUAAUCUGUCUGUAGGCUAACGAGACUGCCGUCGAGACACAGGCGAAGAUCGAGGAGAAGUAUCAGAAGGCUAUGAAAGAGAAGGAAGUAUCCUUGAACGACGAAAUCCAUCGCCUGAGACGUGAGCGAGACGGCAAGGAUGCAGCUCUCGUUGCGUUGCAGAAGGAUCUCGAAGAGACCCGAGAAAAGCUGCAAGCCGCAGAUUUCGAUGUCCAGAGCUACCGCGAGGAGACGAAGCGGCUCGAGAGAGAAAAUGUUGAUGCUGAGAAGAAGUUGAAGAAGGCGCAGCAAGUGGUCGACGAGGAAUCCAGUUUCUCCUCUGAGCUCGCAGACCUGAAGGAGCAACUGGCACAGAACACUGACGCUCUCCACUGCAAGGAACGCGAUCUCACUACCUUGCGAAAAGACUAUUCCGGACUGAAGAGCAAGGUUGCUCAUCGCGAAGACGAGAAAAGCCAAUUACAGAUGCAGUUGACCGAGAGUCAUUCUGCCAUCGAGAGGUUGCGGAAGGAAUCUGAUGCUCGUGUCGAGAAGCACCAGAAGGAUACAGCGGCCUUGCUGGAAGCGCGCAAUCACGUAGAGUCCUUGCAGAAGGAGAAGCGAGGCUUGGAGUCGAGCCUGGAACGAUCUCGCCUCAGUGAGUCUAAGAUGAACGAUGCUCAGGCAAAGUUUUUGGUUGAGCGAGAGGGUUACCAGACCGAGAUCGCUGAACUGCAAGCAGCCAUUGAAGCAAAGGAGCGGGAAAUGGGUCGAGUGCAGGCCGAGGCAGCGGAGAAGUUGGAGAGAGCCGCGGAGAGUCAUCGCCUGGAGGUUCGCGAGUUGAGACACCGUUUGCGCGAGUCUGAGAAUGCCUUAAAGGAGACUGAAACCAAUCUUCGCCGCUCCGAGAUCGAACACAACCGACAAGUCGAGGAGGUCAAGAAGGGCUUCCGAAAGAAAUUCGAUCAGCUUGUCCAAGCCAAGGUGACGAGGUCUCAGGAGCAGAGCGGUCAAAGCAUCUUACCUGGCAAACCCCGAAACCCCCAACCUUUUCCGACGGUCUCUAGCACUUCCGUGGACACGUUACACAAUGUCCAAGAGGAUAAUCCGAGGAAGAAGGUCAGCCGACAGAAUAAUUCGGUGCUGGGCAGCUCAAGUGCAUCCCACACGUUGCAAGGCCCGGUUCCUGACUCAGCGACGGCGCUCAAUGCUUGGUCAAACCAUCGUGAAGAAGGUCCUCUCAGCCUCGACCUUAUUGAUCCAGCUCUGAGAGAUGACCUGGGAGCAAGGGGAUCACUUGACGAACACGGCGUCUCGGUCGUAGGUCCUGCCCCUGCAGUGGUUCCUGAGACACAGGAAUCACUGACCCACAGUUUCGACCUGUUCAACUUGGACACGAAUCAAGCGUCGGGUAAGGAUAAGAGUUCUAACAGCAUUCUCUCUGAUAUUCCCUCGGAAGAGCUCGACACGUUCGAGACGGAGCAUUGGCCGAUCCCGGCACCGGUUGGGGCGGUGCGUCGCGAACGCCCUUUGCGCGAAGAGCUUCCUGUUCACGGAAGAAACAUGGAGACUCCAAUUCGGGCCUCGAAUGUGCUAUACCCUGACUCUCAGUAUUCUGGCUCACAGGAUCGGCCAAAGUCCCAAGCUAAUACAGCCUCUCGGAUCAUGCCUCCUCCACAGCAAUUCCCAUCACCCGGACAUGGUACAUCCGGCCGGGUGACAAACUCUACCGAGUCUCGGCCGCGACUCUCUCAGCGAAGCGGCAGGACGAGCGCCAAUGCCACAAGCUCUCCAGACUAUGUCCAUCAACCAGCCUUGGGGUCGAUGACCUACAGUCUUCGUAGCGGGAGGAAUGCGAUGCCAGCAGUUCUCCAGCGCGAUGGUACCCCAAAGAUUCCUGAACAGCCGUCCAGUUAUAAGCGGAAGAGCUCCGCAAAUUAUGACAAUGAGAGUCCGUCUUCGAAACGUUACCGCAGCUCCUCCCAGUCACUUCUACCCUCGGUCCCGAAAGUAUACCAAGCACAAGCGGCCGGAGUAUCCGAUGCUCCGUCACGUCUUCGGGGCCAUCGUCGCACUCCUGACCCUGCAGAGGGAUCCCAAGGUCCAAUGUCUUACCCAAGAAGGUCUAGUGUGGGUGGUCCGGCUCGUAAAUCCCCCGCGCGUUCUUCCCAGGGUGCUCGAGGUCAGCUUUCCCUUGUUCUUGGAUGUGGAUCCAUCGUGCUGACUGAGGCGUAUUAGGUCGUAGCAGGCGCGGUAAAGGCUCUGGGAACUAUGAGGACCGCUUCGCGCAGGAGCUAGAGAACGGUCGCGCGCGGGGCGGGCGCUGAGGACGGAGGUCUCGAAAGGCGAUAGUCGAUGCUGGAGGGUGUGUCCUACCGCAUCCUUCGAGUAAGCGACUUGCUGAGAUGGAAGCCAAUGCUCGCUAGGGUUGCAAGCAGCGUUAUGUUCGGGUAAGUCCUGAAUGCAGGAGCGGCUGC